AGAUGCUGGCAUUGCCCCCCGGGGUGGCACCUGGCCGCUCUAGGGCUCUUGUUUUGGAGUGCCCAGGCCGGCAGUGACUGCUGGGCCCUGGGCAGAGUUAAAUGGUGCUUAUGAGCCCCACAAUGCUGCCGUCAAUGGCUCUGUUAGUCCUGCAAUGGUUGUGCAGCUCUUGGGAAGCACAAGUUCAGCUGUUCUGUCGCAGUGGGCUGCCAGAGGCCUGGAGCUCUUGAGGUGGUGCACAGCCACGUGCAGGUCCCUCAUGGUCACCAGGGCAAAAUGAGGGGGCCCAGCCCUGUGUGCCCAGCCCGCAGCAUUGGUUUUGGCAAGGAUAAAACCUGCUACUGGUUUUGCUGGGAUGUCCUGAUCUGUGUCUGCCUUGCCAUGUGUUACCCCUGGCCUGAGCCCUCGCUCCUUUCUGUCCCCACACCACUGAUGGUCCGUGCCGGGGUGGUGCAUCUGCUGGGAUGGUGUGCUGGGACGGGCUGUACCUCGGCUCUGGUGUGCAGAGGGCACUGCUGAGCACCCGUGCCCAGCUGGGACGGUGCUAAUGAGGAAGCAAGGAAGGAAAAAACAAACCCUGGCUCAGCAAAGGAGGUACAAACCACCCAAGUCAAAUCACGCCUCCCAGCGUGGUGGCACAGACAACACGGACUCUCCCCCAUCUGGAGGAAGCCUGGCAGCUGAGCAGACCGUGGUAACGCUUCCAGUGAACACUCCGAGCCACACGUGAGGUUGCUGAGCUGAGGGCGUUGUGUUUAACAGUGCUUGGUGAGGUUCCAGCAGCAUAUUAUGUCUGUGGGUAGCAGAACAGCUCCAGCACACCCAUCCCUUUCCAUGGCCCCCAGCAUGGCUGUGGUAGGAUGAGCCCUGCCCUGCUCCUGCUGCUGUCCCUGGCCAGCUGCUCCCUGCUCCAGGGGACGCUGCUGAGGCCACGGCACGUCAGGCUGGAGGCACAGAACUUCCACGUCUUGCUGCGCUGGGAGCCAGACCCCAGCUCACCCAGCUCUGCCACCUAUGAGGUGGAGUGGAGGAACAGAACCUCAAACUGGACCAAGGCAGGUGCCUAUGGGGGGAACUGCAGAAACUCCUGUGUGUGUGAGCUGUAUUUUGACAGGAUUCAUGAUAUCUACUGGGCACGGGUGAGAGUGGUGGCCGGAGGUGAGCGGUCCGAGUGGGCCAUUUCCAGCGAGCUGCAGCUGUACAGAGACACAAUUGUUGGCCCCCCCAAGCUGUCUUGGCUGCUCCAGGACCAAAUCCUCAGCGUAAACAUCAUCACACCACCCACUCCCUACCAGAGAAGGACUGGUUCCUACAAGCCAGUCAACCGAGUGCUGCUGAAGCUGUGGUACUGGCUGCACCUGUACGAGGGGGACCUGCUUGUCCAGCAGGUGCCCUGCAAACGGAGCAGUGAGAAAGUGCCUUGCACCUUUGGGCACCUGAAGCCCAGCACACAGUACUGUGUCCGGACGGUGGCUGCAGACAUUGCCAGGGAGCGGAGCCAGGAGGCUGAGCAGUGCCUGGUGACUCCAGCAGCCCCCUCAGGCUUUCCAUGGGUCUCUGCUGUGCUGAGUGCCUUCUUCCUGCUGCUGCCGCUGAGUGUGGCCGGGAUGUGCUUCGUGCAGCUGCAUGUCUUUCCCAGUCCUCAGGAGAUGUGCCUCCCAAAAGCACUGGCUCUCCAGAACAGUGAGCUGAAUGUGGCCAUGCAGGUGCCUCCACUGCAGCUUGAGGAGGACCCACUGGCCCUGCUCCUGCAGACUGUGCUCCCCUCCCACGGGCCAUCCACAGCUAUGCAGGCAUCAGCCACGGUCCCACGGCUCCUGCGAGGCCUUGUCCAGGAUGCGAGUGGCUACUGUGCCAACGGGUUUGGCCCAGACUGCAUUGAGGGAAGGGACCCGUCCUGCACCCACAGUCAGCUGGGGCAUGCCUUAGGUUCUCAGGUCCCCUCACAGCUGGAGAAGGAUGAGGAGGCAGGUGAUGGGGAUGAUGUGCCAGAGCAGCUGGUGCUAAUGGGACUGGCUGGACACAGCUACAUAGGUGACAAGGACAGCCAGAUACCUAAAAUGUUGCUCCCCCUGCACCUCCAGCUUUAUUCUAAAUGCCAGUGCCCAGUUCUGGGAGCAGACAGCCACCUUCCUCUGCCCGUGCCGAGCAGAAGCUGCAGCCAGGACUGCCUGCAGGAGAGUCCGGGGACGGCUCGGCACUGGAUCCGGCUCAGCUCCGUGAGGCUCCUGCCCAGCACGGAGACGGAAGGCGGGCAGCGCCCCUGUGCUCCCCAGGCUCUGCGGGGCGGCGGGACUGACCCAGAGCUAGGGGACAGCGCCGUGCAGCGAGGCUCCCCGGGGCAGGCCGAGCCGUGUCCGUGCCCGCUGCCCCCCUCGCCCCGCGGCCUGCGGGCAGCUCCCUUCCCCGGCUACGAGCCCCGGGCUCCGGCGGGCUGUGAGCCUUAGCGGCCCAGCCGAGGCCAGGCCGCCUCCCGCAGCUCCCCGGCCGGAACGGCUGUCUGUCUGUGUCUAUCCGUCUCUCCGUCUGUCUGUCUGUCUGUCCCAGCCUGCGGGGGCGUGCUGCGGGUGGGACCGGGCAGGCUCCAAGGGCAGGCACAGGCCCGUUCCGGGCACGGCCGCCAAAGACGGGCGAGAUCCAGAGCUUUCCUCUGGGGAUUCGGUGCUCUUGAGACACCUCAUAAGGAGCAUGGAGCAACGCUGAAGCCCUCUUAUCUAGAGAUCUGUCUGUAUGUGUGCAUGUAUGGUACAGUAUCUAUACUAAUGUAACACUCAUAUAUACAUAUAUAUUUGUAAAGCUCUUUAAUGAAAAAAAUGUUGGGGGUUUUACUUCUGUGGAA